AUGGCGUCUACCGCCACAUCCUCCACGGCAGUAGGAAGCGAUACCUCCAGAUCCCAAGCAGAAGCCCGAGCCGCCGUCCUCGCGUCGCUCGAAUCGGCCGGCUCAAACUACGACAAUCAAUUCCAACGCCGAGCAGCAGAUCUCCACAGCAACGCAGCGGCCAUCGCGAAGCAAGAGGCCCAAGUCAAGACACAGGCUACUCUUCUCGCCAAGGAGAGCUGCAAGUGGCAAAAGGAAGUUGAGAAAGCCACCCGAGGUGUCAACGAGAUUGGCGAUGUCCAGAACUGGGCAGAGAUGAUGGAGCGUGAUCUACUCGUCUUGGAAGAGACACUUCGGCUGGCCGAGGGCAGCGACUCGGUCGAGAGUGCGAGCGGAGGCAGCUCUUGGGGCUUCCAUUAA